AUGGAGGAAGAAAAAAACAAUUCAGCAAAUAAUAGUAGUAGUAGUACAAGUGAAUUAGAAAAUAGUCUUAAAUCAUUAAAUACAAGUGACACUAUCAAUAGUGAAGUCAAUACAAUGACACCAGUAGAUGGAAGCACAACACCGGUUUAUUUAGGUUUAUCAGAGGUGUUAUCACCCUUAAGAGAAUUAUAUAGCUGUUUAUAUCUUGGUGAUCUAAGGACAUUAAUGGCAAAUAACGAUCUAUUAUUUGAAGAAUCUGAAAAAAUUAGAUGUAUAGGUUUUCAAGAACCACAUUUAGAAAUUAACGAAAAAACUCAAAAAUUUUUCCAAUAUCAAGUAUUUAAUUUAGAUGAAGAUGAAGAUAUUUUAUCAAUCACAAAACAAUUUGAACAAUUAUCGCAGUUAAUUUUAGGUAGAACUAGUGAACAACCAGUUGUAAUUCAAGAUAGUUGUUAUGGUUUAAUUUUGGCAGCAAUUUAUUUCAUAAAGUAUGAGUUAUUUUCAUUACCACAAGCUCAAGAUCUUAUUGGUUAUAACGAUUUCUUUGGUACCUCUAAAAAGCAUAGUCAUUUCGACAAAGUAGAUUCAUGUACAUUAAUUAACGAUAUUACAACUUAUUAUUAUAAUAAUAUGACAAAAAGAAAAGUUGCAACAUCCAGUGGCAAUCUAUCACAACUUUCAACUGCAACUACAACCACCUCUACCACCGCCACUACGACUACACCAGAACAAGUUUCAGAUCAAAAAAGUAAUAAUAAUAAUAGCUUAACAUCACCCCCAACCAAACCAAAGGGUCAUGUUGGUUUAUUAAAGAAAAUAUUUAAGGCCAAGGAUAAAAAAGAAAAAGAUAAGAAAGAAAAGAAGAAUAAAAAAGAUAAAGAAAAAGAUAAACAUCAAGAUGCCGACAAUGAAAAACCUCACUCUGAAGAAAUCCUUGAAUUAUCACAUGAAAAUAUUCCACCAGAAGAUUUACUUAAACAUCAUUUGAAACAAGUUCAAAUGAUACAACAACAACAAAUACAGGAACAAAAAUUAGAAAAGGAAGCAGGUUCCAAUGGUUUGUUAGAGGAGGUCGAGAAUUAUGAUGAUGGCAGUGAAAGAUCAAAGAACCUCAAGACUAUUAUAGCACCAACAUUCGAGAAAUUACCAGAUGAAUAUAAAACUAUGGUCAAAACUUGGGACGUCAAACAAGAAGCAAUCGAUCAGCACUUUGAAAUUAUACUUAGUUUAUUACAUUUCCAUACUAAGCAAAGAUUCUAUACAAAGGAACCAAAUCAUCAUGAUAAACCCAAAUACUAUAACAUUGGAAAGGUAUGUGGCACCCCAGCAGUUUCUCCCGACACCACUAGCUCUAGCAAUGACCAAGUAGUUUCCUAUUCAGCUUUCCAAAAGAAACCAUUAGAUCAAAUUUGUAAAAGAGCUGGUGACAUUAAAAAAUUAUAUACCGUCAAAGAGAAGGUUGGUAAAGGUGGUUUUGGUACAGUAUUUUUAGCUCGUAGUAACACUGAUAAAUCAAAACAAAGACUUGCAAUAAAGAAGUUGCCACAUGUCAAAAAGAAAGAAAGAAAGUUUAAUAUUAAAGAGAUUAGGGUAUUGGAAUUUUGCAAACAUCCAAAUAUUAUAACCUUUUAUAGCUCUCAUAUGCUACACAAUGAAGUUUGGAUAGCGAUGGAGUUCAUGGAGGGUGGUACAUUGGCAGAAGCAUCAUCACAAUAUCCAUUCCAAGAAAGUAAUAUCGCCUAUGUUGCAAGAGAAGUACUCCAAGGUUUAGCUUAUCUCCAUAGUAUUCAAUUAGUUCAUCGUGAUCUCAAAUCUCAAAAUAUUAUGAUGACCACUUCGGGUGAAAUUAAAUUAAUCGAUUUUGGUCUUUGUGCUAAUCUAUCAAAGGGUGAAAGAAUAAGAAUGUGUGGCUCGCCCAUUUGGAUGCCCCCAGAAAUGAUCCAACAAAAACCUCAUGGUUUUACUUGCGAUAUUUGGAGUCUUGGUGUUUGUUUAUUAGAUUUGGCAAAUAGAAAUCAUAGACUACGUAAAAACCCAAUCAAAACAAUGUUUAUGGUUGGCAGCGAAGGUAUGAAAGAUCCAUUCGAGGAUCCAAAUCGUUGGAGCGAUACUUUCCAUGACUUGAUUGGUAAGUGUCUUCAAAUUGAUCCACAUAAAAGACCUUCUGCUCAAGAAUUACUCAAACAUCCAUUCAUUGAAUUGGCUGAUAAUAAAAAGAAAAUGGGUAAAAUUUUAUCCUCAAUAUUUUUAAAAACCAUUGUUGGAAUAGUUUUAUCAUUGUUUUUAAGUUAUGAAGCAGGUGGUAAUGUUUUAGUUAAUGGUAAGAAAAUAAAUAAAAUUCCAAUUAAAAGAGAUCAUGAUGACAGUAGAAAUGGUAUGAUAAUAAAUAAAGAUGAUUUUUCAGCAUCAUCAUUCUUAAAUUUAACAUCAGGAUCAGAAAAUGAUAAUAGUAAUAGUAAUUCUACAAACUCAAGCAGUCACAAUAAUAGCUCAUCAGAAACAUCAGAUAGUUCAAAAGAUCACCCAAGUGAUAGUGGAAGUCAUGAUAAUAGCAGCAGUACACACGAUAGUAGCGAAGGUAGUCAUAACGACAGUAGUCAUCCAGAUGAUAGUGGAAGCCAUCAUCACAAUAAUAGUAGUUCUCAUGAUAAUAGUAGUAGCGAAGGUAGCCAUCAUAACAGUGGUGAUAGUGGAUCAGCAAGUAGUAAAGAUGGAUCAAAUAGUGAUAAUGGCAGUGAGGGCAGCAAAGAUCAAAGUAGUAGUAGUAGUGGUAGUAGUAGUAGUGACCAUGAAAGUAGUUCAAGUAGCAGUGACGAUUUAAAAUGUCAAGCUUGUGAAAAAGGCUUUUUUGCAAAUAAAACAGAAGAAUUUUGUAGGGAUUGCGAAACAGGUUCAUGUGAAGAUAAAGAUAAAUACUGUACUAAAUGCCCAGUAGGUUAUUUUGGUAAUACAAGUGGAUUGGCUGAAUGUCAUCAUUGCACACCAGGUUAUUAUACAAACAAUAGUGGUUCAGUAGAAUGCACAGUUUGUGCUGAUGGUUGGGUUGCACCAAGUAAUGGAUCAGCUAUAUGUCUCCCAUGUGAUAGUGGAACAACUAGUGAUGAAGAUCAUAUAGAAUGUAAGGCUUGUGAAGCUGGAUCAUAUUCAUACACUGGAUCACCAUGCGAAGAGUGUGCACCUGGUUCAUAUUCUUUACAAGCAUCUCCAUUUUGUUCUUUUUGCACUCCAGGUACUUAUAACACUUAUGGCGGCCAAGCAUCUUGUGUAGAAUGUAAUAUGGGCUUCUUUAAUCCAAGCUCUGGUUCAAGUAGCAUUGAUAGUUGUAUUAGAUGUCCAGACGGAUCUUAUUGCCCUUCUUCUGGUUUAUCUCAACCAUUACCUUGCCCAGAAGAUAAAUAUUGUAUCAGUGGUGCUAUUAACCCAAUUCCAUGUCGUGUAUUUUAUUCAUCUGGACUAGGUUCAAAAGAAUGUACACCAAAUAGAUGGCUUUAUAUUGUAAUUUUUGGAAGUGUUGGUGUUGUUUUAGUUAUAGUAGUUUCAAUUUGGAGAUAUGUUCAGGUUCAAAAAUAUAAUAAAUUAAGAAAUAUAUCUGAGGUUAGCAGAUUAAUACCAAAACCAAGCGAUGGACCAGAAUAUGGCGGUUUCUAA